UUAAUCGCGCGUCGCGUUGAUUCCUCCAGGCCACAUAAAGCACUGUUGCGUGCGAGUCCAUUCUUUACUAAUUUCUGGAUAAAUUAAUAUUGAAGUAAAUUAGUUUUGAAAAGCAUUAUACUAGCAUAAGCAACCCAUGGCAAACUUUUGCGCAGCUCCAAAUUGCACCAUAAAAAGUAAUCGGUCAGCAUCGCUAUUCUUCAAGUUUCCAAUGGACACAAAGAUGCAAGCAGUGGGUGGAAAACUGUCAUGGCAAGGAUCUUGAAGAUAAAACACCUGACCAGCUGAGCAGACACUACAGACUUUGUGCUAAGCAAUUUGAACCAUCAUGAUUUGUAAAGCAAGUUCCUACAGGACAAGGCUGAAGGAUAAUGCCACACCAACCAUCUUUGAUUUAUCAAGCCAGCUCAAUAAGCCACAAAGUAGGCAACACGAGGAUUAAAGAGCUGAGUGAAGAGGAAGCAAGGCAAAUGAAAUUGAGGAAAAAGGACUGUGGACCAAUCAAAGACUAACAAAGAUGAUGGUGAAGGCCGAGAUGACUCUGAGACAAACCACCCCCCCAGCUGACCUCUGAGGAGAAGAAGCACAGAGAAUAUCUCAAAGCACUAUUUGAAGUUAUUCUAGUGUUGGGGAAACAGAACAUACCUCUGAAUAGACAUACUGAGGAGGUGCUUGAGUGCGACGGUCUCACUCCAAGCAACUUCCAGGCAUUGUUGGAGUACCGAAUGAGAUGUAAACAAUGGUUAAAUAAUUGUCAUCGAUCUGACUUGGAGCCAAAAACGCCUGAGGAGUUACACAAUUCCUUCCAAAUUUGUGCAAAUCAUUUUGAGCCUUCCCUGAUUUGUCGUGACAGCACUUUAAGAACAUCCUUGAAAGAGGGUGCUAUUCCAACCAGAUUUGAUUUUACAAGCCAUUUGAACAAUCCAUCAGGCCACAACCGGAAUAAAAGAAUAAGAGAACCUGCUGAGGCAGAGCUUGCAUCCUUGAAGAAAGCUAAAGGGGAUUGGUUUGAAGAUGAUGCUCCAUCUGAGGUGAAAGAUAAGCCAGGAGAGAAUAGCGCAACAUGUGAUUUACAGCAAGAGGAACAAAAGAGAGAGGAUGUCGCUAACUCCAAAGCAAAGGAAAUCCUUAAAGUCUACUUUAAGGAAACCCUUGCCUUCACUGGAUUCAGCAUAGGGAACGAUGCAAACCCCAACACAGAUGAACCGAUGGGAGACCACAGAGGACAACAGUCUCUCAACCCCAUCUGUGUUGAAAGAAUCGACCAGAAAGAAGUCCUCCAGUUCAGCGAGGACCUCAUGCGGGAGGAGAUCCGGAACAGUUUGAGGUUGGCACGCUUUUUCUCCAUCCUGCUUCAAGAUGUGACAAACAUCGAGGGAAAAGAUCAGAUCCCAGUUUUCAUCAGGUCCGUCACUGUGGCAGGGUUCCCCCAGAAACACCUCAUGGGUUUCCUGCCCUGUUAUGCAGAUGCUGAGGGCCUGUUUUACAUGCUGCUCUCAGAAAUUCGGAAUAAGUGGGGGCUGCGGAUGGAGCAUUGUCGAGGACUUACCUACCUGACCACAGGUGGUUUAUGUCAGAAAAUGAAGGAUCUCACCAGCAGGAUUCUGCAGGAGUUUCCUCAGGUAGUGCUAGCACCUAGUGACCCAUAUGCCUUUAACAUGUGGCUAAUCCGCUCCAUGCCCAUACCUUAUAUCCAGAAGGUUGUGAAUACAGUGGAGGAGGUCGCCAAAAUAAUUAGAGGAUCCCCAGAUCUUUGGGAAAGACUGGAGGUGAAAAUCAAGUCUUCAUACAGCCACCUUAAAGGUGAAGUGGACAGGAUCAUAGAGGCUUCCCAGAACACCUGGGAGUAUGGUGUUGAUGCCUUCCAAACCAUGUUGGACAUUCUUGAACCAUUCCUCGCCUGCAUCAACGAGGUGUGCUCGGCUGCGAACGCAGACACCGCUACUUGUGAGCAGAUGGCCAAGCUCAAGCCGAUCCUGAAGAACUUCAAUUUCAUUAUCACCCUGGUUGUUCUGAAGAAUACCCUCUGUUGCGUGAGUAUCCUCAACCCGAGUCUCAGGGGAGCCAUCAGCAUCAGCAGCACCUUGCAGUACACAAUCUCCAACGCCUUAAAGCUGGUCAACAAACAUCUGCAGGAGAUCGCAAUAUUCCACAGGAAGUGGUUUUCUGAUGCAGUGGGCAGGGCUAAGAAGCUGGGAGUGGAGGUUGCUAGGCCGGAUGAGAGCUCACCUGAGACUGGCGAGGCAGUUGGAACUGAAACCCCUCUGGAGGAUUUCUACAGAGAGACUCUGAGCAGGCAGAUCUUACAGUACCUUGUUGCGGAGGUAAAGAGGGUGUUCAGCACGGAGAUGGUACGGAUUCUGAGAUGGCUCUCGUUGGUGCCGUCUUACAUGGCUGACCACAAUUUCAGUAUCCGCAGGGAUAAAGUGGCGGACGCAAACUUGAACAACCUCGCUCGGCCCGACACGUUUUACGAUGAGCUUGGUUGCUGGGAGGUGAAGUGGAGACAUGCUAGCAAGCGGAGGAUCCUGCCCACAACCGUGUUUGCAACAUUGAAAAUCCCAGACAUUGCAUUUUACCCAAAUGUGCAGAGCCUGCUGAGAGUUUUGGGCACCAUUCCCUGUGUGAACGCAGAGGCAGACGUGUAUGGGCAGUACAACAUGGUGCUGGAGCGGUACCAGUCUUACCUGAAAGCCACACCGGAGGAUAAGAGACUGUGCAACAUGGCAUUUGUCUAUGUCAAUCAAGACGUGCACUUCAAUGUGGAAGACAUGGUUGAGUCCUAUGUGGAGAAGCAUAUUGACAUAUUGCAGUUUUUGCAUAUGGAUGAUGAGGUAAUAGAGAUGCAGCCUGACGCUGAACCUGUCUCUGAGAAUGAUGGGAAUCACACUCUAAAAGAGAAUGUACAAAAAACACAAGAAGAACCACAGGACAUACCCUCUGAGAUGGAGACCGAGAGAGUGGGGCAACCCAAACUCCCAGCCACAGAAACUAAUAAGGAGGCACUCAAAUCUGCUCUGCAGGUUGCUGUGACAGCUGCAUAUAACAGCCAGAGCAGACAGCCUGGUGAGGCCUCUGCUGAACAGGAUGGCGAGGUGGAAGACUCAUUGAAGUAUGUGUCGAAGUCUGAGAUGGAAGAAGUUCUCAGAGUAUGCGAGGAUGCUGUCAGGGAGGGAAUUCUUGUGGAGGUGGGCACUUCCUUUUUUUCUCUGUUCAUCGACCGCGUUGUGAAGUUAGGGGAGAAAAAACAUCUUCCUCUCUUCCUCAGGUUUGUGGACAGUUUUGAUGUCAUGCGAUUGGAGCUCAUGGGAUUUCUGGAUGUGGAUCUUGACUGUGAUGCCAUGUCAGAGCGCAUUUUGGAAAUUGUCACCAAAGAGUGGCAUCUCGAUUUGUGUUACUGCAGAGGUCAGGCCUACCUAGGAUCUGGUGAUGUCUCCUACAAGCUGAAAGCAUUUGCCUGCAAAAUCCAAGAAAAGUACCCCCUUGCAAUAUGCACACACUGCUCUUGUUACUCAUUUAACAUAUGGUGGUCAAAAUCCACCCCUGUGUCAUCAGUCAAACGGGCCCUGGAUGUUUUUGAAGAGGUUUUGAUGUUUUUUGGGAGCAUGCCUAUGCUUGAGAAACAACUGGAUCAUGUCAUUGCAUUUGGUCUUAGGGAAAGCUAUGAAAAGGUUCAAGAAUUGCAGGGGAAGUUCUGUACCGUCUGGCAGGAGAAGCAUGAUUCCUAUGAAGUUUUUGUGCAGAUGCUGGAGCCCCUUGUCGAAUGUUUGGAGAAAAUCAAGAGCAACCCACAGAGGUGGAAAUCCUCAUUCUCUCUAAAAGCUGGAGCACUGCUGCGUUUGAUAAGGGACUUUGAUUUUAUUGUGCCCAUGGUAGCCCUGAAGAACACCUCGUCCUUCACCAGGGAACUGAGUGCAGGACUCCAGAAGGAUCAUUUCAGCGCAGCAUCCCAACUCUGCCAGAUCAGUGGUAUAGUGGCUACUCUUAACAGGGUCAAAACAAACAUCAAAGUAUUUCACCAGAAUUGGUUUGAUGAAGCUUGUGCGCUCGCCCAGAGUCUAGGUGUGCAGAUAAAAGUGCCUGAUAAUUCCUCUGCGUCCAGGGAUAGCAUGAUGAAACCAGCUCUGUAUUACAAAGAUGCACUAAGUGUGCCCCUAGUGGACAACCUCACCAAUGCUGUUAAGGAUCAUUUCUCUGAGGACCACAAGGAGGCCCUAAACUUCCUCUCCCUGGUUCCCUGCUCUGUGACUGUGAGUUACAUGUUUGAGAUCCUGAGGUCAAAGCCUCCUCUCUACGCCAGUGAUCUGCCUGACUCCGACAACUUUUUCACCGAGUUGUGCUGCUGGAGGGUGAAGUGGAAGACCAAAGUUGCAUCCGUGACCAUCCCAGACACCAUCUUUCAGACUCUCCGUCUGCCACUCAUGCAAUACUUUGGGAACAUCAACACACUGCUGAGGAUCAUGUCUGUGCUACCCAGCACAGUACUGGAGAACUGUGGGGAAGUGAUGCGCCACAAGAUGUUCCAGGAAUACCUGAGGAACACCAGCCCCAAGGACAGGUCCCCAUGUCUGGCCAUGCUGCAGGUGGGAACCAACUUCAGCAGAGAUCUGGACCGGAUGGUGACUAAGUGCUUGAAGGUCACUCCCCAGGCUUUAGAGGGCAUCUGCUUGGAUAAAGAAUCCAAAAGUCUGAUGAAGAACUCUGAAGCCAACAUGGAAGUCGAUUAUGGCAAAGAUGCAGCAGAGGACCUUGAGAAUCAGUCUUCUGACAAGAAAGAGAACCAGGAAAUGAAAGCGGUGGAUGAGAAUGGGCACACUGGAGAUAAUCGACAGAGUUUGGAAAUGGUUUUCAGACUGGCUGCACGUCUAGGGAAAAAGAAGUGCCAGCUCUCCGAACUCUCCAAAGAAGAUCAAGUCCUUCUCAUCCAGGAUCUCGGCCUGUGCCACUGGUUUGGAAGAGAUGGCAAGUUCACGCUUAACGUAGGAGAGGAGGAAAUGGUAGAGCUUCUCACAAAAUCCAUCAGGGAAGUCAUACUCUUAGAAAUACAGGAGUCCCCCUUCUUUUCUCUUAUCACUGAUAAACCUGUUGUAAUUGCUAAUAAGAGCUAUCUGCCUGUCUUUGUCAGAUAUGUUGGGGAAUGCGCCCCCAAGGUAGAGCUCAUUGGUUUUUUGCGAUUUUUUGAAACCUGUGACGUUGAUGUUCAAGUCAAGAAUCUUUCAGCAACUAUAACCGAAGAUUGGGGAUUGCCGAUGAGUCAGUGUCGUGGACAAGCAUUCAUGCGCAUGGGCUCAGGUUGUCACAGCCUGAAGAAGAUGUCUUUGGAGUUCCUCGAGAGCUAUCCUCUGUCUGUCAUCACACCCAGUGAGUCUUGUGGUCUUGCCUGUUGGCUAGCAGGAAGUGUACACUGCCCACCUGUCACAAAGAUGCUGGGAAUUGUGGAAGAUCUUCUACUGUUCUUUGACCAGUCACCUGGACUGGAGGCAGAGCUAGCACAGGCCGUGGAUGGGUUACUGAAUACACCUCGGGAGGCCUUGGAGGAGAUUCCAGAAACCUGUUGCUCCAGGUGGAAGAAGAGGGAGGACUUUUUUGAUCUCUUAGUCGACACAUUGGAGGGAGUCUUGAGUUGCCUGGAUUCAGUUAGUUCCAGCGCCGCGGGCACUAUGUCGCUACAUGCACAGGUCCUCGCCACUGCUUUGAGAGAGAUGGAUUUUGUCGUCACACUUGUGAUCCUGAAGAACGCAUGUUCUCCUCUUCGAAACUGCAGCACUGUUUUCCGCUGUGGUAACCCUGCUGACAUCAUCUUUGAGGUGGAGAAGAUCGUACCAAUCAUAGAGACACUGAACAAGAUGUUGGAGAACAUAAGCACUGUACACACACCUUGGUUUGAAGAGGCAUUCCAACUAGCAUCCAAGGUGGCCUCUCAGCAAGUAUGUUUCCCAGAGGAAGCUAACUCUUAUGAGUCUCCAGAGGUGUACUACAGGGACAACUUUAGUGUUCCUGUACUGCGCUGCCUCAUUGACGAAAUGAAGUACAACUUCUCCGACAGUCAUUUGAAAGCCUUGAAGCUCCUGUCUCUUCUUCCCACCUGCAAUCCACAGCCCAUUUCAGAGCCAAUCCGCGCAGAGUCCACAGACAAGCUAUACAGUCUCUACCUGUCUGACCUCCCUGAUCCUGACACAGUAGAGCAGGAUAUCAGUAACUGGGCCACAGUGUGGAAAGAAAAAUAUCAAGACAUGUCACCACCAGCUUCUAUCUCUGAGAUACUGCUUCACCCAGAAUCUCAAAGCCAUCCCACAGUGACAAUGCUGCUCAGACUGGUGGCUGUUCUACCGAGCGUCAGUAUGGAGUGGGACCUGAUGAAGACCACCCUGAACUCCAUGAGGGCUCUGCUGAAGAACACUGUCUGCAAGGGCAGCAAAACCGACACUGUGAUGCUUCUCAUGCAUUACCCAACUGUUCAAAUACUAAGGGAAGUCAUUGAGAAGUGCAUCGAAGUUGACCCAGAAAGCAUCCCAUGUCUUGAGCAGGUGAAGAAACAAAUGAAAGGUCUGAAGCUGGAAAGUGAUUUCAGAGCUUUUGAUGUAAACCCUGAUGAGAGACAUGAGCAGACAGUUGAGGAACACCAAGCUGAUAUGGCAGAACAACCCCUUGCAGGAGAGUUGCAAGAGGAGGACGGCGUGCUGAUGGCGGAGGACAGUGUGUUGAUGGCGGAGGACGGUGCGCUGGUGGCGGAGGACGGUGCGCUGGUGGCGGAGGAGGACGGCGCGCUGGUGGCGGAGGAGGACGGCGCGCUGGUGGCGGAGGAGGGCGGCGCGCUGGUGGCGGAGGAGGGCGGCGCGCUGGUGGCGGAGGAGGGCGGCGCGCUGGUGGCGGAGGAGGGCGGCGCGCUGGUGGCGGAGGAGGGCGGCGCGCUGGUGGCGGAGGAGGGCGGCGCGCUGGUGGCGGAGGAGGGCGGCGCGCUGGUGGCGGAGGAGGGCGGCGCGCUGGUGGCGGAGGAGGGCGGCGCGGAGGUUGGCGCCGCGCUGUUGGCGGAGGAGGGCGCCGCGCUGUUGGCGGAGGAGGGCGGCGCGCUGUUGGCGGAGGAGGGCGCGCGCUGUUGGCGGAGGAGGGCGGCGCGCUGUUGGCGGAGGAGGGCGGCGCGCUGUUGGCGGAGGAGGGCGGCGCGCUGGUGGCGGAGGAGGGCGGCGCUGGUGGCGGAGGAGGGCGCGCUGGUGGCGGAGGAGGGCGGCGCGCUGGUGGCGGAGGAGGGCGGCGCGCUGGUGGCGGAGGAGGGCGGCGCGCUGGUGGCGGAGGAGGGCGGCGCGCUGGUGGCGGAGGAGGGCGGCGCGGAGGAGGGCGGCGCGCUGGUGGCGGAGGAGGGCGGCGCGCUGGUGGCGGAGGAGGGCGGCGCGCUGGUGGCGGAGGAGGGCGCCGCGCUGGUGGCGGAGGAGGGCGCCGCGCUGGUGGCCGAGGAGGGCGCCGCGCUGGUGGCGGAGGAGGGCGCCGCGCUGGUGGCGGAGGACGUGGCCCAGGCGCAGGACGGCGUCGCCCAGGGGCAGGCGCAGGACGGCGUCGCCCAGGGGCAGGCGCAGGACGGCGUCGCCCAGGGGCAGGCGCAGGGCGGCGUCGCAAUGGUAGAGGACAGGGUCGUAGGUCAGAGGCAGGCUGUGACUUUCUAUGACCCACCUGUGCGUGAGGAAAUACUUAAGGAACUCUGGGACUCACAGUUCUUUACAAUAAUAACGGAACAGGCGGUUGAGAUUGAGGGACAGCUCUAUGUCCCCCUGUGCAUCAGGUACUUGGACAAACAGGACACUCAAUGCGAGGAGACUGUAGCUUUCAUCCCGUUCAGCCAGGACACUGCUGUCUUGGCUGAUGCUAUUGAAACAGCCCUAUCAGAGAAAUGGGGGCUCAAUAUGGCUUACUGUAGAGGGCAAGCUUUGCUAAGUGUUGGUGAGGUAGGGUCUCGGAUGAGGGCUGUAUCUGCUGUAAUAGCCCAGAAAUACCCCCUGGCCAUGCAAAUGGUCAGCUCUGCUGUGUCUCUGAAUGUGUGGCUAGCCAGGUCAUCUCCUGCAGUGGCAGCAGCAGACUGUGCAGUGUCGGUAGAAAACAUGUUACAGUGGCUCACAGAGGAUGCAGAACGACAGAUCAAACUGGAAGAUGUGAUCAUUGCCAUAUUCCAACAUGAUGAGGGGAAGGGUAAUGAGCUUAGGGACAAGCUUAUUAAGAACUGGGAGAAGAGUCAUGAUAUGCAUGAUUUGGUGGUAGAGCUCCUGGAGGUAAUCAUGCUGUGCUUGAAUGAGCUGAAAAGUGAGGAGAAUAGCUUAGGGAGUGGCCAAGCACUGCUUUACUUCGAUAAAGUCAGACGUUUUGAGUUCAUCUUCACGGCUGUCGUGCUGAAGAAUGUCCUGAGCUCGACCAAAAAGCUGAGCCAAUCUCUUCAAGGAAAACCCCUAGAUGUGUUGCUAGCUAUGAAUAGCUUGCCCGAUCUCCUAACUUCCCUCAAUGAAUUGAAGAGCGAUAUCGACACACAUCACAAGGCUUGGUUCAAGGAAGCUGUCUCUUUAGCUUCCAAGCUGCAGAUAACGUUGUUGCACUCUGCGCUGCUAGAACCCCUGAGUCAGUUUUACAAAAUGUCGGUGAGUCAGAAGGUGAUAGAGCACUCCAUUGCUGAGGUCAGUGAGUUCUUCACAGAGAAGGUCCUCAGUACACUGAGGUGCCUGGAGAUUGUGCCUUACGCCAUGUCGAAGCUAGAAAACAGCAGUGUAAAUGCUCACGUUUUCCGCAUGUACAAAGAUGACAUGCCUGACCUGGUCUCACUCCCAACAGAGAUGAAGUCUUGGAGAGAGAAGUGGUUGGAUCCCAUGUCCGGGUAUCUUCCAGCCACUGUGCUCGACACUCUGAAGGCAUCAGACAUUAGGAACUUUAGUAACAUUGAAACCCUUCUAAGACUCCUGGUCAUCCUACCAUUUUCCCGGAGGGAGAGUACCUUCAGGCAGGGAAAGAGAAGCCUCCAGGGGUUCAUACAACAGGAGACCAGGUCUCUUUCUGAACUUCAUCCUCUGUAA